AUGGCGACACCUGACAUCAGCAAGAAAAAUCCAGAAACUAAACUUUACAACAGCCAUGAACCAAAUGUCAAAAGCAGUCUUCCCCAUGUAAAGAAACCAUCGAUUAAAUAUUCUAAUGUACGUACCUCUACGAGAUCGAUGAAGUCGAUAAGUCCUAAACAGUCUUCACCGAAAAACUCUAAUCGUAGCCGACGAGUUUCAAUUGUUGCUUCUCUCUUGGAAAAAUCAAUACUUCAGAACUUCCUGCUGAUCUGGCUCGAUCCACAUAUUGAUAAAUCUCAAAAUCAAUAUAAAAAACCAUUAGCAGAAUUACAACGUCUUGUUGCCUCGAUUAAUACGUUUACUACAAUCGAUGACUGUAUCGAUUUUAUUGAUGGAAUUCAAGAAACUAAAGUGUUUAUGAUUGUUUCCGGAUCUCUUGGGCAAAGCAUCGUACCACAAAUUCACGAUAAGACACACGUAGAUUCAAUUUAUGUCUACUGUAGAGACGCUGAGCUUCACAAAAAAUGGUCAUUAUCAUGGUCUAAAGUUAAGGACGUGUAUACGAAAACUGAACCGAUUAUUGACGCACUAGAAAUAGAUUUAAAACGAUGUGAUCAAGAUUUUAUUGCAAUAAGUGUUAAUGGCAUCGAUCCAUCGUUCAUGUAUAGUCAGUUACUCAAAGAAGCUCUCUUGGAAACACAAGACGAGGAUGAAAAUCACAAAACUAUCCAAGAAUUCGUUGAAUAUUGUCGCCUUCAAGAUGGUUUAGAUGAAUCGCAAAUUUCGAAACUCGAACAAUCAUACAAUCGUUAUUCACCUAUUUAUUGGUACACCGCUCCAUAUUUUCUCUAUUCAACGCUCAAUCGUGCACUACGCGUACUUGACGUAGAUAUUAUGCUCAAGAUGGGCUUCUUUAUACGUCAUCUACAUCACAAUAUUCAACAACGCUUUAAUUGUAUGAACUUAAAGUCAUCUCAAUUUACUGUUUACCGAGGACAAGGCUUAUCGAAAACUGAUUUUGAAAAAAUAAAAAAGGCAAAAAAUGGACUGAUGUCAUUUAAUUCCUUUCUAUCAACUACUACUGAAGAAAAGGUCGCUGAUAAGUUCAGUCGCGCAGCUUUCAAAAAUGCUGAAAAUGUUGGCAUACUCUUUGUCAUGACUAUUACUCCAUCUCUCUGCAAUUCGACUCCUUUCACAUGCAUCAACGACGUCAGCUUUUACAGAGAUAAAGAAAAAGAAAUUCUUUUCUCUACACAUACUAUAUUUCGCAUCGGUCAAAUCGAAUCAAUGAAUCAUGAUAAUAAUCGACACUGGCGAAUCCAUCUCACCCUAACCAAUGAUAGUGACAAUGAUCUAAAGGAUCUUACAGAUCUCAAACGGAAAGAACUUGCUAGAAUAAGAGGAAAGUCACGAUUAGGGCAAUUACUGAUUUUACUUGAUCAACCACUAAAAGCCAAGAAAUUCUACGAAAUAUUACUGCAAGAAGCACAGAGUAAUGCCGAUAAAGCAUAUUACAACCAUCAGCUCGGAGGCGUGCAUUACAAGAUGGGUGAAUGCUUGCAAGCAAUCCAGCAUUACGAAGCAGCAUUGAAAAUCAAUGAAAACAGAAACCCAAUAAAUCAUAAAUAUGUAGCACAAGAUUAUCAAGGUAUUGGGGCGGCUUACCAUCGAAUGCAAAAUUUCCAACAAGCACUUUCGUAUUAUAAUAAAGCUCUUGAUAUCAAAAAAAAAUCGCUAAAGCCAGACCACCCAGAUUUGAUCAGUAACUAUAACAGUACCGCCUUUCUGUUUGUUGCGAUGCGACAAUACGAGAAAGCAUUAAUACUUUUCAAGAAAGCGUUAGAGAUCAGUGAAAAUAAGUUGCCAAAAUUGGAUCCACGGUUGGCUCAUUCCUAUCAUAACAUGGGUUUAAUCUACGGGCAAAUGGGUAAUCAAGCUGAGGCACUGUCAUAUAUGAGAAAAGCAUAUAAAAAGUUCAAAAAAACAUUACCUUCGAAUCAUACAAGUUUAGCUGAUUUGUACAACACCAUGGGUUGCUUAUACCACAAGAUGUCGAAUUACAAAAAAGCACUUUUAUAUUUCAAUAGAUCAUUGCCCAUUUACCAAGUAACAUCACCUACGGAUAAUAUAUCUGUGGCUGACUGUUACGCUAAUAUUGGUAUGGUAUAUUUCGAUAUGAACGAUUUUAGUACUGCAUCUCAGUAUUAUGAAAAAGCACUCAAUAUCUACCAGAUAAAACUUCCGUCUUCACAUUAUGAUCAAUUAGAAAUUCAACGGAAACUAGAAUUAUGUAGAAAAUAUAUGCAGGACCAAACUCCUCAUAAUAAUCGCAAAACGCCGCCAAUUUAA